AGCCAGGGUUCUUAACAGACGUGCGAGGAAGGCACCUGAACAAUGAAAUCCUUAUUCAGAGGUCUCGUCUGUUGCCUCUCAGUGUUGGCAUUGGAGGUUUGCGAAACUUACUGUCGAGUCAGUGGAGAAGAGGCAGAGCGUAUUUUAUCCCAAAGUUAUGCACAGAGUAGAUACCGACAACGUGCUCCUCAUCGUGUACCGACAUCGGAGAGAACCCUCAAUCCUCAAGGGGCAGGACCAAAUUGCAUAAGCCGACCCCUGGACUUGGUCUUCAUCAUCGACAGUUCCCGUAGCGUGCGCCCAAUUGAGUUCGAGAAGGUCAAGAUCUUCCUGGCCGACAUGGUGGACACAUUGGACAUCGGGCCGGACGCCACUCGGGUCGCCGUCGUCAACUACGCCAGCACAGUAAACAUCGAGUUCCUGCUAAAGACCUACCUCAACAAGGCCGACAUGAAGAUGGCCCUGUCACGCAUCGAACCACUGGCGGCUGGCACCAUGACUGGCCUGGCCAUCAAGACCGCCAUGGAACAAGCCUUCACCGAGCAGUCCGGCGCUCGGCCGCGUGACAAGAACAUCUCUAAGGUGGCCAUCAUCGUCACUGACGGCCGUCCUCAGGACCAGGUGGAAGAGGUGUCUGCUGCGGCUAGGGCCUCGGGGAUAGAGAUCUAUGCCGUAGGGGUGGAUCGAGCCGACAUGAGGUCCCUACGCCUUAUGGCCAGCAACCCACUGGACGAUCACGUCUUCUAUGUCGAAACCUACGGUGUUAUAGAGAAGCUGACCUCAAAGUUCCGGGAGACCCUGUGUGGUGUGGACUCCUGUGCUCUGGGACAUGACUGUGAGCAAAUUUGUAUCAACAGCAUCGACAGCUAUUACUGCAGGUGUCGGGAGGACUUUGUCUUGAAUGAGGACAUGAAAACUUGUUCUAAGCAAAGCAGGUCUCGGGCCUUACGUGUUACAGGUCGUGACUCCUGUGCUCUGGGACAUGACUGUGAGCAUAUUUGUGUGAACGACAACGGCGAUUACUACUGCAGGUGUCGGGAAGGCUUUGUCUUGAACGAGGACAUGAGAACUUGUUCCAAGCAAAGUCGUGACUCCUGUGCUCUGGGACAUGAUUGUGAACACAUUUGUGUCAACAACAUCGACGACUAUUACUGCCGGUGUUGGGAAGGCUUUGUCUUGAAUGAGGACAUGAAAACUUGUUCCAAGCAAAGCGGGUCUCAAGCCUUACCUGUUCCAGGUCUGGACUCAUGUGCUCUGGGACAUGACUGUGAGCAUAUUUGUGUGAACGACAACGGUGGCUUUUACUGCAGGUGUUGGGAUGGCUUUGUCUUGAAUGAGGACAUGAAAACUUGUUCCAAGCAAAGCGGGUCUCGAGCCUUACUUGUUACAGGUCAUGACUCCUGUGCUCUGGGACAUGACUGUGAGCAUAUUUGUGUGAACGACAACGGCGACUAUUACUGCAGGUGUUGGGAGGGCUUUGUCUUGAACGAGGACAUGAAAUCUUGUUCUAUGCAAAGUCGUGACUCCUGUGCUCUGGGACAUGACUGUGAGCAUAUUUGUGUGAACAACAAUGACGACUAUUACUGCAGGUGUCUGGAGGGCUUUGUCUUGAACGAGGACAUGAAAUCAUGUUCUAAGCAAAGUGGGUCUCGAGCCUUACUUGUUACAGGUCGUGACUCCUGUGCUCUGGGACAUGACUGUGAGCAUAUUUGUGUGAACGACAAUGGCGACUAUUACUGCAGGUGUCUGGAGGGCUUUGACUUGAAUGAGGACAUGAAAACUUGUUCUAAGCAAAGCAGGUCUCGGGCCUUACUUGCUACAGGUCGUGACUCCUGUGCUCUGGGACAUGACUGUGAACAUAUUUGUGUGAACGCCAACGGCGACUAUUACUGCAGGUGUUGGGAGGGCUUUGUCUUGAGCGAGGACAUGAAAUCUUGUUCCAAGCAAAGUCUGGACCCCUGUGCCGUGGGACAUGACUGCGAGCAUAUAUGCGUCAACAGCAAUGCCUCAUAUUAUUGCAAGUGUCGGGAGGGCUUUGUUUUGAACGAGGACAUGAAAACUUGUUCCAAGAAAAAAGAGGUAAGGGCGGAGCUGUCAGUAGACCCUUGCAAGUGCGAGGCUCAGCUGGCCUUCCAGAGAGCAGUGCAGUCCUCUCUCCGGGACCUGACUGGCAGACUAGAUGACAUCACAAGGAGAGUUGACCAGAUUGAGAGCGGAAUGCGUAAUUUCUAAAAGAAGAGAUAGCUGGUGUUUUCCCUGGGGGAACCAGUAUCACCAAGCAAACCUGAUUCCGUCUAUUACGUAAUCUGCUGCCAUGCUACACCUUUAAACCAAUCACUAUAGCUAUGUACUGUACGCGUAUUAUAGGACUGCAUUCUCUAUUGCAUCAGCAGACUGAUAUCAACAACUCCUAUGAAAUAUCAAUGCCACAACUCAUGAUGUUGGUGGUGGUGUGAGGUUUUUAUUGACAUGCCAUCCUAUUUAAUUUUUGCAGGAGUAUAAAAGAGGUGCUAAUUACACAAGCAAUACAGUUAGAGGAAAACGUGGGAAGUGUCAGCCUCGAUGUGCUGUGUUUUGUAUAUGUAAAAUGUAUUCUAUUUUUAUUAACAUUGUAUUGUGUGAUAAUAAACAAUCGCUGGAGAAUAUCUGUAUCAAUAAGAUAUUAUUUUAUUACAUUACAUAUUCAUUUAGCACAUGCUCUCGUCCAGAGCAGAAUCCAAAAAACAUAAGUACAUUUACUUUAUUUAUAUGAGUAAUGGUGCCAGAUCUGGUUAAAACCAUCCCCAGAUCAGCUUGUAUAUAUGUAACAUCACUAAAGUGCUGAUGCAAACAAUGUGAAGCAAAAUACAAAUCUUGAAUACAUACUGAGGGGUCUAAUAUCAUUUCUAUGUUAUGCUAACAUAGAAGUGAAAUCACAGUAGGAUUUCAUUUUUAUCAAUAUUCAGAUAACAUGGAUUAUUAUAAUAGAUUCACUUAGCAUAUAUUCACAUGUUGGCAAUUAGUUGCAAAAGAACAACAAUCACAACAAAAACCAUUCACUACAGCAAGAUGCUCCACUUUGUUCACCUUACAUACAAGUAUUAAUAUUCAUAUAUAUAUAUAUAUAUAUAUAUAUAUUCAGUUGCACAGACAUACACAGAUAUGCGUCUGCCUUUUUAACUUUAUCUGUUUCUUGCCGUUGUUUCAAAAGCUUAGUAUAAUGUUGAAAGUCUAUACUUAUCACACCAUAGUUUGGUGUAAUUUAUGAAAUUUGAAGUUCAGUUUUUCUUUCCAACAAAGUGGGUGCAAUGUACUUAGAAAUAUUUUGUUUUACUUAGUUACAUCAUCAUAACUAAGAUGCAUUUAUAUUUCUAUGUUAUUUGAGGCCUUCAUCUGAAUGCAUGCACAGAGAAAAGAGAAUAUAUAACCUAUUUUUCAAUACAAGUCUAUGACUGAAAACAAGGUUUAACAUAGCUAAAAACGAAUUAAAACAGCAAAGACAACACAUACAAUCAGGUUGGGUGUUUUCCUGUUCAGAUAUCCAAUAUAAUAUUCAGUACGUCCCAUAGGCAUUUUUAUCAAUGGCACUGUCAGAAACAAACACAAGCAUAAAAAUAAGUGAUGCAAAAAGAAGAGCUAUGUUGGCAAAAUAUUCUGAAUGUUUAGAAUUUAACUACUUUGGCAAGACCUUAAGCCAGUCUCACAAUGCAAUUUAGUUGAAUGUUUAAGAGUGAGAUAAGAAACAUACAUUUUAAAGCAGUUUUAUCAUAGCAUAGCCAUGUCCAAUUCAUUUAUGUGCAGAGCUAGAAUUACAAAAGUAUUCAGAUGAGCUGUUUAAGGGUAUAUUUGAACACCAGAGAUGCUCUACUUCUUCAGGACAAAGUACAGUAAUCCUUCAUUAACCCAAUUAAUGAAGAUGGAUCAUAAAUAAGAAGACAACAAUCUCAUGAAUGUAAACCAUUACAGAGAACAUUCCCUUUGCUGAGACACACCUACUAAUUCUGAAGUCUUUCUGGUCUCAUGCACACUUAUUUAGAUUUCCAAAAUGACUAUUUUAGGUUCAAAAUGAUUACUUUUUACUGGUGAAUGGUACAGAUGGAUGUAACAGCUGGUUUAAAUUUUUUCCAGUCACAAAGUGUGAAAUUCAUCCAUUUUGUAUAAUAUUCUCUUAUUUGAUACUGGUAGAUACAGGCAUAGACACGGCUGUACAUAAUAUCAUCACUGCAGGACCAGCUUCCUUCACCAAGAAGUGAAACAUUUGACACUCCCUGUCAUUGCAGACAGGCAAACACUCAGGCCUCGCAGUGCUGUUUGUAUUAUCAUUUUUUCCAAAGGGCUGCCUUGUCUCUUCUGAGUCCUAUGGCAACAGUGAAAGCUUUCAUCGGCACAUAAAAGGGAAGAAUGCUUUGCUGCCUCAAAGUCACUGUACCAAUUUUUCUCUCAGUGAUAUGCAAGUUCUGCAUUGCUGGCUACGGUGUAUGUCCCUGAAUUCGUUGCAAGGAAAUUCUGAAGGACAUAAAUAAGUCUCAGGGCUUGUUUUAUCUUUUCUUCAUCUGACUACCAUGAAAGUGAAAUUGUAAGCUUCCCUUUAAUUCAGUCAACUACCGAAUCUAUUUAAAAUGAGUACAUCAGACUGGCAAACAUUUUCUCAUUAUCUUAAAUAGUCAUAAUGGAUUCUACCUUUGCCAGAGGAAUACUUUUGUAACAAUGUGCCAUUACAAAUAAAUCAACACUAAUCUUGUAACCUCCA